UUAGUCAAGAGACUGAACAAACAUUAUUUUCAAUUAACGAUUAUCAUCUCGAAAAUUAAUUAAUUUUGAGGACUGAUUUAGAAAAAUAUAUAAUUUGAGUACUAUUUUGGAAUUUAAAAAUUCUUUAAAAAGAAGAUCCAAAAGAUUAAAUUAAAGGAGAGCUGUGUGUAGCCUGGAAAGAAGAGGUGAGAUAUGGGGAGGCGGCGUGGUGUGGAUGCAGGAGGGCAGAACAAGUCCGGGGCAUUCUUCUUCUUCACGGCGACGCUGUUGGUGUGGGCCGCCUCUUUGCUGUUCGAGAUUGGCUUCAACCGGCGGACGGAGCUGUCUCCCAUCAUCGCCGGCUUCUGCUUAUACCAAUCGGCCAAUUGGUUCAUCCGCACUUGCUUCAACCGAGACCCUCUCGUCGUCAAUACCUCGGUAUCCCUCCUUCACUCAUCCCUCACCUCCGUAUCAGUUAUUUCUGUUUUUGCCAAUCAGUGGAUGAGAAGCAGUUUGAGUACAAUGUUUGGACACUCAGAGUUGGUUGAUCAUUCUUGGCCAUGGGCUUAUUCCGCUUUGUGCAUUUCAUGUGGUUAUUUUGCUUAUGAUCAGUUGGAUAUGCUGCUAUACCAUUUAUACAGUGGUUGGAUUCCUUCAAUCCUGGUGCAUCAUCUUGUGCUUCUUAUUUGCUUUACCAUGGCUUUGUAUCGGAACGUGACGAUCAACUACCUUAUUCUUACUCUUGUCUGUGAGUUGCAUUCAGUCUUUUUGCACGUGAGGAAAUUGAGGCGAAUGGCGGGUGUCCGGGGUACUUCUAGGAGCACAUUAGUGAAGCUAGAGUGGUGUGGUAACUGGACAACAUAUGUGCUAGCUAGGUUUGCGUCACAUGUUCUCAUCACGAUGAAGCUACUCAAAGAUGCCCACAAGUUUAACAAGGGGUUGGAACUCCCACUUGCUCUUCUUGGCAUGGCUGGUAUGAAUUUGCUUAAUGUCUUCCUGGGAGUCGAUCUCUUUAAAGCCUACUCCAGAGAGAAGAAUGAACACAGAGAUCAUCACAAAUGAGACAUUAUAUUAUAUUACAUAUAUAUAUAUUCUCACUCACUCACUCGCCUA